CCACGAGCCACGACACCCAUUUACAAAAAAAAAAAAAUCAUAAUUUUCUAAAAUUUUAUUUUCUUCUAUCUCUGUGGCGUCUAAAAAUUUUUGAUAUACUCCACCCUCCCCUCCAAACCCCUUACCCCUCAAAACCCUAACCCUAUGCCCUUCCAACAAUUCCCACCCAAAAUCGAUCAAAAUUUUUCAGGGGGAGGCCGAGGCGGAAGUCGAAGCAAUGGUCAUUGUGGAUUCUAGAGACCAAGCCCUUUCUCUCCUCACCGCCGCGAAUAACCACGCCGAUUUGGCGGUGAAGCUGUCGUCUCUUAAACAGGCCAAGGAUAUUCUUUCCUCUCUCGAUUCAUCUUUUGCUGCCGACCUCUUCCCUUACCUCGCUGACCUCCAGCGUUCUCCUUACAGUCUCGUUAGAAAAUUUCUUAUCGAGAUAAUUGAAGAUAUUGCAUUAAAAGCGAUAGAUCAUUGUUCUAUACUAGUACCUGUGUUAGUAGCAUUUUUGAGGGAUGCUGACUCCGAUGUUGUGCGUCAAUCUAUUGCUUGUGGCAGAAAUUUCUUCUGUAACGUUUUGGAAGAAAUGGUGUUACAGUUUCAGCAGCAUGGCAAAGUUGACCGGUGGCUUGAAGAACUAUGGACGUGGAUGGUUAGGUUCAAGGAAGGCGUGUUUUCCAUUGCAUUGGAGCCUGGUCCGGUUGGGACAAAGUUGCUGGCGCUGAAAUUUUUGGAGACAUAUGUCUUACUUUUUACAGCUGACAACGUUGAUUCUGAAAAAUUUGUUGAAGUUACCAGAGGAAGUGGAUGGACUUUUAAUGUAUCAUGGCUAAGUGGUGGUCAUCCUAUUUUGGAUCCAGUUGCGCUAACAACAGAUGCAAACAGGACUCUUUUCGUUUUACUGGACAUGUUGCAAUCAGCCAAUAGUCUCCCUGGCUGUGUAACAAUCACUGUUGUCUAUUGUCUAGCUGCCAUAGCAAGGAAGAGACCCCUCCACUAUGGUACUGUUCUGUCUUCACUGCUCGAUUUUAAUGCAAACUUUGAGACAAUGAGGGGAUUGCAUAAUGCCAAUAUUCAGUAUUCCUUGAGAACUGCAUUUUUGGGAUUCCUGAGAUGUACUUAUCCAGCUAUUGUAGAGUCAAGAGACAGAUUGCUUAGAGUUCUACGAGCAAUGAAUGCUGGGGAUGCUGCUGAUCAGGUCAUCAGACAGGUUGAAAAGAUGAUAAAAAAUAGUGAGCGUUCUUCACGGGAAACUCAGUCAGGCAGGGAUGAUCAAUCGUCAAGCCAAGCAUAUGUUUUAGGGGACUUGUCAAAGAAAAGAUCUAUGCCUCAGGAUAAUGAAGAACUAACAAAUAGUUUCGAGAUUGUGUCCAAGCGAAUUCGCUCUGGUCCCAAUUCCCACUCAAUGUCACCCACUCAAAUAAAUGAUUCUGGGCAGGAUAUUGCUUCUGUUAAUGGCCUGUCUCCUAAUCUGCCUCUUUCGGAUGGUAAUUUAACUCCUGUUGAGCAAAUGAUUGCAAUGAUUGGUGCUUUACUUGCUGAAGGAGAAAGAGGUGCUGAAUCUCUUGAAAUUCUUAUUUCAAAAAUUCAUCCUGAUCUACUGGCUGAUAUUGUCAUCACAAAUAUGAGGCACUUGCCUAAAAGUCCUCCUUCAUUAACAAGGCUUGGGGCAUUGCCUAUAACUCAACAAGCCAUUUAUGUAAAUAGUCCAACUCAAGCUGUGCCACCUCCUGCUCCAAAUUCUCUGCACCCUCCUGUUUCCACAGCACAAUUGCCCUUUAGUUCAGCUGCCACAACCAGCUCAUCAAUAUCGAAUACAUCCGCUGCCAAUAAUUCUCCUGCAGAUGCCAAACGUGACCCAAGAAGGGAUCCCCGUCGCCUAGAUCCACGACGGGCUGCUGUAUCUGUUGGAGUGCCAUCUCCACCUGUUCUGGAGGAGGAUACUGGCACUGCAAUGGCUGAGUUUGAUGGUUCUAUUUCUAGCAAGCCUCUUUCAGUGCCAGUUGUUGAAAAUCCUCCUGUGCAUUCAAUGUCUAACAUCCGAAGUGAUGAUAAGAUGGUAGAAGGUCCAAUGGUUUCUGGUGUUCAGCAACCAGCUCCUGAAGGGGAUGUUCUGGGUGGUGCGGAAGACAUUGUUCCCAUGCUAGAGGUCAAGGCUUCUUCCAAUCCUGCACUUUCUCCAUCUCAUAUGGUUGAUGAAGAUUCAGCUGAAAUGAAGGCAGAUGCUAAGGUGAAAUAUGAGACUGAUGCAUCAUCUUUUCCAGAGUCUGAUCAGAAUUUCCCGGCUUCUAUAAGCAUAUCGUCUUUGGAUGAAACUGGUCAGGAUUUACCUGUGUUACCACUAUAUGUUGAGCUAACUGAAGAGCAGAAAAGAAAUGUGAGAAAAUCAGCAGUUCAGCAGAUCGCUGAAUCAUACCUGCAUCUUCAUUGGUCAGACGGUAACCAAAUGCACAUGGCAUUACUUGCUCGGCUGGUUGGUCAGAUUGAUGCUGAUGAUGACAUUGUUGUCAUGUUGGGAAAACAAAUUGUUGUGGAUUAUCAACAACAAAAGGGUCACGAGAUUGUAUUGCAAGUUCUCUACCAUCUAUAUUCUCUCACCGUUUCAAAUUCCAUUGAUAACUCUUCAUAUUCUGCUGUGCUUUAUGAAAAAUUUCUCCUGGCAGUGGUCAAAUCUUUGCUGGAAGCUUUUCCAGCCUCAGACAAGUCAGUUAGCAGACUUCUUGGUGAAGUUCCAUUUCUGCCUGACUCUGCGUUGAAACUGUUAGAUGAUCUCUGCUAUUCUGAUGUGUUUGAUGUUACUGGGAAAGAGAUUCGUGAUGCUGAGCGUGUGACACAGGGCCUUGGUGUGGUGUGGAGUUUAAUUUUGGGACGUCCAAAUAAUCGUCAAGUCUGCUUAGGUAUAGCAUUGAAGUGUGCCGUUCAUUCUCAAGAUGACAUUCGAGGCAAAGCUAUCCGGCUGGUAGCAAACAAACUUUAUCAGCUGAGCUACAUAUCCGGGGAAAUUGAGCAAUUUGCAACAAAUAUGUUGCUGUCUGCUGUGGAUCAACAUGCUGCAGGUGCAGUGCUUUUAAAGUCUGGAUCCAUUGAUGAAAGAGACGAAAGGGAGGUUGGAAGCAGGGACACAUCUACUAGUGGCUCCCAACUUUUAGAGCCCAGAGCUUCUGAAAUUGACUCCAUGAAUACAGAAUCAACAAGUAAUAGUGCUUCAGUAGUGUCUUUUCCUGAAGCUCAGAGACUCAUUUCUCUGUUUUUUGCUUUAUGCACAAAGAAGCCUAGUCUUCUUCAACUUUCAUUUGAUAUUUAUGGGCGAGCACCAAAAAUUGUAAAGCAGGCUUUUCAUCGCCAUAUCCCUAUUGUAAUAAGAGCCUUAGGUCAGUCUUAUUCCCAGUUGCUCCUAAUAAUAUCUGACCCGCCACAAGGAAGUGAAAAUCUUUUGACACUGGUGCUGCAAAUACUGACUCAAGAGACAACUCCUUCUCCUGAUUUAGUAGCUACUGUGAAGCAUUUAUAUGAAACUAAGCUGAAGGAUGCUACCAUCCUUAUUCCAAUGUUAUCAUCGCUUUCCAAGAAUGAGGUGUUACCUAUUUUCCCUCGGCUUGUUGACCUUCCAUUGGAAAAGUUCCAGCUUGCACUGGCUCACAUAUUACAGGGUUCAGCUCAUACUGGACCUGCCUUGACCCCUGCCGAAGUGUUGGUUGCCAUCCAUGACAUCAUUCCUGAAAAAGGUGGCCCUCCACUCAAAAAGAUAACAGAUGCUUGCUCAGCUUGUUUUGAACAGCGCACGGUUUUCACACAGCAGGUCUUAGCAAAGGCCUUGAAUCAGAUGGUUGAUCAGAUCCCCCUUCCUCUACUUUUCAUGAGAACAGUUAUUCAGGCAAUUGAUGCUUUUCCUACCCUGGUUGAUUUUGUCAUGGAAAUCCUAUCCAAACUUGUGAGUAAACAGGUCUGGAGAAUGCCAAAGUUGUGGGUUGGGUUCUUGAAGUGUGUGGCUCAGACACAACCACAUUCUUUUCCUGUAUUGUUACAGUUACCCCCGCCACAGCUUGAAAGUGCACUGAAUAAAUAUGGUAGUCUCAGAAGUUCCCUAGCUGCCUAUGCAAGCCAACCGACCACAAAAGGUUCACUGCCUAGGUCAACACUUGCUGUUCUUGGUCUUGCAAAUGAUUCACAUAUGCAGCAACCACAUCUGUCAACCUUGCAUCCUACAGACAAUUCUUCAGUUCAGGGAGCAACUCUGACAUGAUAAUUCAAAGCUGUUCAGAUUUUAAAAAUUGACCAGCUGCACCUCAAGCACUUAACGUGGAUUUGAUCACCAAGUCAGUCCCCAUGCAAGGGUUUGAUUCACCAAGGAAUGUAAGAAUGGGUGUAUCAUAUGACCGUGGUUCAAUCCGUUUAUGACAACUCUGAUAACUAGUUGCUCAUGAUACAGCAUUUCUAGCAAGGGGAGUCACCAUUCAAGAGGAUAUGUCCCUUCCCUCCACUUGCUUUGAAAAUUGUACCAUAGCUUCCUUCACAUUAGUCCUAUUUCUUCUUUGAAAAUUUGAGAAUACCUUCCCCCAAUUUUCUGGCAUAUGUAAUUAACGUGUAUUAUAUUGGGGUUGAUAGACCUCCAACGCGCAUAGGGUCAUAAUCGGUGGUUCCCUUGUUUCGGCCUGGGGACCCUGUAUUCUCAAUAACAAUGAAUCUUAGGUUGAGCUCGAUUUUAAAGGAAAAAUGAAUGUCAAAACGUCAAUUGGCUCAAGCCUAGUAAUAUAAAGGGAUAAGUUGUCA